UUGUUGUGUACCAGCAUGGCCACAAAACUACCCUUUCGAGAAGAAUGUGAGACCUGGACAGCUGUCCAAGUGGCAGAUCUCCUGAGACAGAUGUGACCCUUGACUUCAGAAAGAGGUCUGAGUAAUCAGCAAGAAGAUUCUCUACCCUUUUCUGUCUCGCCUGUGGGCUGCUAUAAACUCACUUCAUCAGCCAACCCAAUUCCAGUGAAUAUAAUUGACAGAGAGAAAGCACACAUGAUUUGGUCUACCUUCAUAGGCAGUACCUUAGGAACAACAACAAUUGCAGCCACGCUGCCCAGUAUGUGAAUUCUCUUUUACCACUAUUGGACAAGAAACAAACAACAAAGUGAAUCAUCAGUGAGUUUAAGAAGGUUGAGUGGAACGCAUGGAACCACUGUUGUUGCUUCUAUGGAUGAAAGGGAGUGAGGAUAAAGUAUGGGAUGCAUGACUGCGCCAGGAUAGUGGAACAAUUAAAUAUAGAAGGAGCUCGAUUUUUGAAUUUAUCAGAAUAUGACAGGAACAGAUUCAGUAUAAUGGAACAGCCGCAACUUCAAAAGAUAGUACAUGAUAUCAAGAAAAAUGACAGUGGAAUAAUGAGCAAGUUCAAAAAGUUCCAAAAUGAACAAGUGGCCUUAAUUUGCAAAACUGGAAAAAAUACGUGGGAUCGGCUAACAAGUAAACCACCCCCGAGUGUGCCACCAGUAGAUUAUCAAGAGGAAGAGGAACAGUGGUCAGAUGAUUUUGACAGUGAUUAUGAGAAUCCCGAUGACCCCUCUGACUCUGAGAUGUACGUGGUUCCCACUGAAGAAAACUGUGAUGACAGCUAUGAGCCGCCUCCAACCGAGCAUGAAAAAAAGAUUCCAGCAGCUUGCUCGUGUUCUGGAGGAGAAUAUGCAGACAACAAGCGGCCUGGUCCACAGAAGCUUUGGCCCAUCACCAAGCCAUUGCCUACUCUGCCAAGCCAUUCUUCAUCCAAGCCAAAGAAACUGGCCACUGUGCCACCGCCACCUGCUGCUCUGAAGCCAAUACUUCCACCUACAAAGGAUGAUGAGGCAGACUAUGUUGUACCUAUAGAUGAUGAAGAAGAUAAUUAUAUUGAGCCCACAGAAGAAAACACUCCACAGCCUGAAAAACCCCCAGCGGUGAACCGACGGAUCAAGCCCACAUCAAAACCUGAUCCUCCCAGUUCUUCAUUGUUGCCUCCUGUCCCUGCAUCGCCUACCACAUUAGAACAUCCUUCUUCUUUUUUUCUCUCUGAUGUCUAUGAAAUUCCUGAGGAAGAGGAAAAAGCAUUGCCUCCAUUAACCAGGUUUCCCAAGCAACUUCCUCCAAAGCCUAUCCAGAGACCUGGACCUGGAGGACACUCUCAUGAACACAACACAGCUAAAGAAUCAUUUAAACCUGAUAUGUCCAGAAAUAUUUUGCCGCUUCCUAGGAACCGUCCUCCGCCAAAAAUUGAACCCGAUAGCCUUGGAAUGCAAGAUGAUGAGAAUCACAGCAGCAAUACUGCUCCAGAAUUCAAGGUUCCUUCUGUUACAGUACCGUCUCCAUUUCCAAGGAUUACAAAAAACUUACCAAAUCCAGCAAUAGCAUUGAAGCCAAGCCUCCCUGACAGAAACCACUUAAGUAUUAUUGAAGAUAAACCCAUACCAGCUGAACGUCGCCGUGGUUCCAACCACGAUACCCCUCUUCCACCUAUUCCAUCCAGCAUACAAAAACCAUUGCCUCCAAAGCCAUCAAUCUUGUCAAGACCACCAGAACCUAUGAACCGCACCUUAGGUACUCCAUGUAAUAGCAUGCAAAGUGGUCCUAGCACAGCAGAACAGGAUGCUGGUGUUCAGGGUAAAGCAUGGUAUAUGGCUUCAAGUGAUCGAAAAACAGCUGAAGAUGCAUUAUACAAAUCAAACAAGGACGGAUCCUUCCUAGUAAGGAAGAGUUCUGGACAAGAUUCAAAGCAACCAUAUACGCUUGUUGUAUUUUAUAACAACAGAGUAUAUAACAUCCCAGUCCGGUUUAUUGAAUCAACAAGACAGUAUGCUUUGGGUAGAGAAAAAAGUGGCGAAGAGCGCUUCGGCAGUGUGGCUGAAAUAAUAGAGAAUCAUCAACGGACUUCUCUUGUUCUCAUUGACAGUCAAAACAAUACAAAAGAUUCUACCAAGCUAAAAUAUAUUACUAGAGUUUCAUAACUGCACUGAAGAUCCACUGGGGAAAAUCUUCCGAGAUUUUCCAAAGAUUUAAGACUGAGCAUGCAAAGCUAUGAUUAGAAGAAUUUUCUCAAAAAACUGUCCAAGAACCAUAGUCGGAGAAAUCCACGUAAUUUGUAAUAAGAGAGAGGUUUAAUUUGAUAUAGUUACUCAGUCUUGGAAUAAUUUACAGGUGGUUUCAAUUAUGAUGUGGCCAUUUCACAGUCACACCAGCACCUAAGUUAUGUACUUUUAAGAAAGACAUUGAAGGUAAAGCACUCAUCCGUGACAUGCAAUAUAUUCAGAAGUACUGUUCCAGCUGCAGCAUAACUCUUCUUUCAGUAACUUCUUGGUAAAAUUCACGUUUGUCAAAUGAGGAUGUCUAUGUCAAAAUGAGCCAUUAUGCAACAAGCUAAAAGCAGGACUUUGUUUCCUGGGUCAAACGUCUAAAAAAAAUCAGGAUUUCUAUUUAAUAUAAUGCAAUAGAUUUGUACUGGCUUCAGUUAGAACUACUGUUACAUUUAUCAAAUGUACAUAUAAAUAAGAAUAUUAAAAACUAUGCAA